AUGACAACGCGAGAUUCACGUUUCGAUCCCUGGGUUAAAGACAGGUGCGGCGAUCGGGGCGGCGGCCUAACCGGCGCUGACUGCUGCACGUCCGACAUCCUGGCCGCCGGCAUUGCCUGCGGCUCCGCUCCGUGCCUCCUCGAGGGGGGCUCUUCCCCCACGCCGGCGAGCAGCGGGAGCUGCGACGGCAUCCUGCAGGGCGACGUGUGCUGCUCGGCCGCCUGCGGUACGUGCGGCGGCUCCGGCUGCGGCUCGAGGGCCGGCCUCACCGCGAACGAGUGCUGCACCUCAACCAUCACCGCUGCCAACGUGCCGUGCGGUUCGGCUCCGUGCGUCGUGGUUGGGGACACAUCACCCACGCCUACCCCACCGACACCCACGACGACCACCUCGGGAUCGUUCACGUGUGACGGCGUGCUCAAGGGCGACUACUGUUGCUCCGCCGGAUGCGGGGAGUGUGGCGGUUCCGGGUGUAGCGACCGUGGCGGAGGCCUGACGGGCGCCGACUGCUGUACGUCCGAUAUCUCUAACCUUUGCUCGGACACCGGCGCCGCCCCGUGCAUCGUGGACGGGGACACGUCACCCACGCCUACCCCACCGACACCCACGACGACCACCUCGGGAUCGUUCACGUGUGACGGCGUGCUCAAGGGCGACUACUGUUGCUCCGCCGGAUGCGGGGAGUGUGGCGGUUCCGGGUGUAGCGACCGUGGCGGAGGCCUGACGGGCGCCGACUGCUGUACGUCCGAUAUCUCUAACCUUUGCUCGGACACCGGCGCCGCCCCGUGCAUCGUGGACGGGGACACGUCACCCACGCCUACCCCACCGACACCCACGACGACCACCUCGGGAUCGUUCACGUGUGACGGCGUGCUCAAGGGCGACUACUGUUGCUCCGCCGGAUGCGGGGAGUGUGGCGGUUCCGGGUGUAGCGACCGUGGCGGAGGCCUGACGGGCGCCGACUGCUGUACGUCCGAUAUCUCUAACCUUUGCUCGGACACCGGCGCCGCCCCGUGCAUCGUGGACGACGACUCGACGGGACCCACGCCGACGCCUCCGAGCCCCUCGCCACCGACACCGUCGCCUCCUUCGCCGUCCACUUGCUCCGGCACCAUCGCCUCCAUCUCUACUUCCUCUGACUCAUCUUCUUUCUCGGGGGGCGGGUGCGCUACCCUUACCGAUUUGUAUAACACCCAGUCGGGAAGCGGUCCUCUCUACGUGCUAGACUCCAGCAACAACAUCGUCAGCGGAGGGGGAGGCAGCGCGAGCCCCACCGGCUACUGGCUCCUCACCUCUUCCCUGGAGAUCCUCGACGGAGUGACGCUGUACGUGCACGGGACGUCGGCUGGGGGCGACGCAGAUGUGCUUCGCAUCCAGUCUACCGACGAUGAUUUCUGGGAGAUCCGCGGGUGGGGCGGCAGCCUGUCCUUCAAGGAGACUACGGUCACCUCUUGGGACACGGACAAGGGCGAGGAGAGGACCAAGUACGAGGGCGGGCGUUCUUUCAUCAACUGCGUCACUCAGUUCGAUGACAGCGACAUAUGGUCGUGCAGUGGCCGCUCCAACAAAGAGAGAGGGGAGUGCAGGAUGGACAUCAUCGACUCCACCAUGGGCAACAUGGGCUGGUUUGACGCGGAGUCUUACGGCCUCACGUGGAAGGUCCGCGGUCUGUGCACCGACCUCUCCAACUUGGAGAUCAUGGACGACCACAAUGUCUAUGGCGACAUCAAGGGUUCUGAGAUCUACGGCAUGUACUACGGCAUGUACUCCUACGGGCACCAGGGAGGAGUAUGGACCGACAACGUGAUGCGCGACAACAUCCUCUACGGCUUUGACCCUCACGACGACUCGGAUGACCUGACCAUCGCUGGAAACACCGUCUACGGCAACGGAAACCACGGCAUCAUCGCAUCCAAGCGCUGCAACAACGUGGAGAUCUACAACAACGAGGUGUACAACGGAGAUCAGGCUGGAAUCUUCCUCCACCGCAGCACCGACGACGCGAAGGUUUACAAUAACUAUGUCCACGACAACGGAGACGCCGGAAUAGCAAUUAUGGAGUCGUUCCGCGCCGAAAUUUACGACAACACCAUCGAGAACUGCAAGUACGGCAUCCGCCUCAGCCUGGGCAGCGCCGACAACGACAUCCACGACAACACCUUUGACUCCUCCUCGACAUACGGCCUCUACACGUACCAGGGGAGCGACGAUCCGGACGUGUCCGGCAACGACGGUCGCGUCAAGGACAACUCGUUCGACGCCAACACCAUCUCCAACACCGAUGUGGCCAUGAAGAUUAAGGAAGGAGAUGACAACAGCUUCACCAACAACAUUUUCGUGAACGUCAAGACGUUCGAGUUCGAGGACUCGACCGACACCGUUUGGACUAACAACGAUAUCGGGGGCGGCUGCCUUGACGACAGCACAGACUUCGCCUCCGGCUCCAUCCCCAGUUGCUGAAGGACCCCCUUAAGAUGCGUGGCGCCGGCUACUCGACCGCUGCAGGAUCCCGAAUGAUUGUGGCCAGCCGGCUGGUCUUUCCAGUUUUUAAGAAACAGGGAGAUAGGCAAAACCAAGGCUUCGUUUUUGGUCGCGUGGACAGGAAGAGGUGUGGGGACGUGAAGACCCAGUCCUGAAGACCAAGAGCAACACAACCGCGACCGCAGCGCUUGCAUAGUUGCUAUGGCGUCUGUCCUGCCUACGCGUUUGCUGCUGCGUGUUUUGUUACCUCACCACUGCUAUCAACGCAAAUUCACUCCGAUCGGGAAGUCUGCGCAUUCGUUUCGUUGGGCAACUUCACAAUUUUGGAUGAGUUUCACCGGGGUUUUUUCUAAUAUUUAUCUAGACUACAUUUUUUCGUUUGUUUUUUUCUUCGUCGUCUCCUUUCUCUUGUUGUUCUUGAGCGAUGCACGACUGUUCGUAGGUGGACUGUUUUACGUCUGAUUCCCUCGUUCAACGUUUCAGCGUACACGCGGUGGGUGGAAUGACUGCCGAUCGCCCAGCUUCCCGAGCGCAAAACAGUUUCGCUGGUGUGUUCAACGGUCGGGACUGAUUUUAAUUGGAUCAUCGCGCGGGGAUCGGUGAUGUUGCAUGUACCAGUGAUGACAUCGAACCCCCGUGGGAUAAUCACCCCCUUCGCAUGUGGCGUUGUCUACACGAAGUACUCUACCAGACCGCAUGCACCACCGGACCGGUGCAGCGGCCCACGGCUUCCAGAUUGGACUUGGCGAUCUUCCCGUAGGAGGGACGGAGCAAGUUGUUUUGUACCAGUAUGAUAAGUUCGUUCGUGAACUACCGGACGGUUUGCUGCGUUUCAAUUUCCUGCGAUCGUCUUAUUCGGGGCGUUCUUCGGGAUUUCGGCGGCGAGCAAAAGCGGAGGCAAAGCGCAGUAUGCAUAUGUGUGUCACGCAUACUACGAAGGCCGUUCAUAUAAAGUGUACCGGUAGUUGGUAGUGUAGGGUACUUCGUACCUUGUUAUUCUUGAGAGUUUGAGCUCGUUAUCUUUGUGUGUCGGUAUGUCGCAACUCUUGGUGUUUUGUCGAUGGUGUCAAGAAACCUCUACAGGCCGGAAUGUGGUACUCUAUUCACGUUGUACUGAUAGCCAAUUUAUGAUCUAUUGUAACUUGUUACCGCGCGAUAGAGGCUGGCCGACCGGCCGGUUCUUGGGUUGGAUUCCUGCUGCCUUCUUCGAUGGACACAUUGGCUACAAAAACACUACGUGCGGAAAUCAAGUGUAGGCACCGGGAAACUUAAGACGGCCUGUUCGAUAGAGCUGAACGAGGAGGCUGCAAGAGUACCCAAAAGGACGAAGAAAGUGUUGGUAGAGGCCUGCUGUAUAAAAGUUUGUAAUGUGCCUGAGAGCACUAGUGGUCCGCCGCAGCAUGGCUUCCACUUGAUACUUGAUCGACAGCGUCCACUUGACUGGCCGAACGAGGUCAAACGCAAAAAAAUAACAAAAAGUGAAAUCUUUUGGAGAGAAGUGCCGUCUUCGAGUUGGCUCUAGUAGGCUGAGCGGUUGGCAAAUAAAUUCAGUCACUCGCAGCUUUCCGACUGUUGACGUGCUUGGUGGGGUCCACUAUCGGCGCAAUCAAGCGCGUGCACAAAACCGUCAAUUCUCGUGUACGCAACGUUCGAGGGUAGUAGCGUCUGAAUCCUUUUAUCAAGACAUGCACGUCAAGGCAGAGCGAUGUAUGAACGGCACUCGUGUGUGGCCUUGGGACCCCAUUUGGUGCACUUGUAAAUAUGGUGGAUGUUUACAACAAGGCGU